AUGCGUGGCGGUCUCGACAACAACCCUUUCAGAGCAUACCAGGCGGCCUCCAAUGAUGUUGAAUUUCCCUGCACUGAAGCCUCUCCACCUGGAGAAGCUCCUCAGGUGACUGCGGCCCCGGCUACAAUGCGCAACCAGAUACCCACUGGCAACCAGGCCGAGGAAGCCCAUCACGGAAAUCAGAUCGCCGAUUCUAACAACAACCACUCCGCCAACGUCAGCUCCGGCGAUACUGGACAAGGCCAAAAGAGCAUCGCACAAGUCCCCAGCAACCCAUGCACCAGCUGCAGCGCUCUCGAGAAGCGUGUUGAAGCUCUCGAGCUUCUCCUCCAUGCGCAGUGUAAUAUGCACGCACCUGCCACGCCGACCACUACGACCGCUAGUCCCGCCGCCCAUGCAGAGUCGCCCGAGACCGAGGAGGGCAUGAAGCCCUUUCGCCAUGUUUUCGGCGACUACGUCCUAGAGAUCCGCCGCGUCGCCGCCAACCAGGAGCCCUUAAACAAGGCCUACAAGUCCGAGACCACCGAGCAGCAGGAUUGCAUGUCCCAGACCAUGGUUCCUACGGCUCCCAUCCGCCAGGAGCUAAGUGGCGAGAGCAUCUCGGUUUUCAAGCGGACCAUGCCAACGCUGGAAGCGUCCCAGCCCGCCGCUCAGGAAGCAGAGGCCCUAAAAGCCCCUGUCACUUCUCAAGAUGCUGUGGCCCCGCAGAUCGUCGCCGUUUUCCAAGAAAACGUGGCCCUGCAGGUCCCUAUCGCCACUCAGGACACUGCGGCCACGAAGGUUCUCGUAAACCCUAAAGCCACUGAGGCCAAGACCGUCCCUACCAUCACUUACAACACUGCGAGCCCACCGACCCCUACCGCCUCCAAGUAUACUAUAGCUCCACCGACUCCCACAGAUUCUCAAGACCUUACUGCCGGGCAGGUCGCUACCACCCGGUCCACCCCACCGCCGCAGCUCUCUUGUGCCAGCACCAACUCAGAGCCCACUCCACAACGCUCACGCUUACCCGCUAAUCUCCCUCCGCUGGAGCAGCGGGCCGAGAAGGGUAUGGGGUCGUUGCCGAAGUCUGACCCUGAGAAGGUCAGGGCGAGCCUUCUCCUCAGCCGCUGGGCGAACCCCCGCGAGGAGGCGGCUCCUUUAUCGCCUCCGAAGCCGAACAAAGGCAAUACGAGUGUGAGUACGAGCCGCUGGACCUCAGAGACGGACUCUUCUUCACCCCCAGGCUCUGAGACGGGCAGCCAAAAUAUGGGACAGAGCCGGUACACGCCCAAAAAUGGUCAGAAGGGACGGAAGUGGAACAGGAAGUAA